AGAAAAAUCAUCUCAGUGAGCACCUACAAGCAGAGAGGAGGAAGCACGCCGUGAAAAAUCAACACUACUGGAUUCAGCGGCAGGUGCAGGAGUGACAGCUUGAGGAGGAGGCGCACCAGGUGGGAAGAAGGGUCAACAAAGAAGGAGCAGAUAUCGAGAAUUUGUCAGAAAAUAAGAGGGGAGGGAAACAAGGACACCCGGAAGAAAGAGAAUUAAAAAAAGAGGAAUCAAGAGGAUCUGAUCCAAAGGGGGGACUCUUGUCUGGGUGUACAAUGGUGUCUCUUGGACUUGAACUGGCUGGCGUCACUCUGUCAGCACUCGGCUGGGUGCUGAGUGUGAUCAGCUGCGCCUUGCCUAUGUGGAGGGUUUCUGCCUUCAUUGGCGCCAACAUUGUCACAGCUCAGGUGUACUGGGAGGGACUGUGGAUGAACUGUGUGUUCCAGAGCACGGGCCAGAUGCAGUGUAAGGUCUACGACUCUAUGCUGGCUUUGCCUCAGGACCUACAGGCUGCCAGGGCGCUUACCAUUGCCACCAUCAUCGUGGGUAUAGUAGCUCUGCUCAUCUCUAUGGUGGGGGCAAAAUGCACCAACUGCAUCGAGGAUGACAGGAUUAAAGCCAGGGUGAUGGCCUCCUCAGGCGGGGCGUUCAUCACAGCAGCUCUGGCCCAGCUGGUACCCGUUUCCUGGUCAGCACACACCAUCAUAAUUGAGUUUUACAGUCCACUCAUCCCCUCUGGUCAGAAGAUGGAGAUUGGGGCGGCGUUGUACCUGGGUUGGGCUGCUGCAGCUCUGCUGCUUUUUGGGGGGUCCAUCCUCUGUUGCAGCUGUCCUCCCGAGGAAGAGAAACCAAUAAGAUACAGCGUGCACCCCCAGAGUCGUAUAGCAUACUCCGCCGCACCAAGGUCCACCGCUCAAAGCUCGUACACUAGGAGGGACUACGUGUGAAGGAAGACCGGAGAGAUCAGGAAGAACACUAUUACUGUUUUCAGAUUAUUAUCAUCUUAUUUGUACAUUUUCUUGAAAUGUGUACAGAAAGAUAGCAAAAUAAUAAUCACACUGGUUUAACUGGAAACUGGAUUGGUCACUAGAAAAUGGUUAAAGAGCCAAACCAUGUUUUAGGUUUUUGUGGAUAUUUUGGACCUAAAUGUGUAAGGUUUUUUGAUACUUUGGGAAAAUAGAUUUGGAAACAGAUUUGAUGGUCCUGUUCACUUACUUUACUAAUUACUACAGCAAGCAGAGAAUAAGAUCAAAUUCAAGGUGUGACCAAACAAGUUCAAACAUUUGGUCUAUGCGCUCAGUUCAGACUUCAUCCCAUAUAUAUUUAUUAUUUGUGCUUUACAGUGUGAAUGUUCCUCAUUGUGCUGAUGAGUUUGUACAUGUUAUAUCAGGUAUCAUACUGUCAGCAAUGGAAAGCAAAUAGGGAUACUCUUGUGACUGUUUUGACUAUAUUGAGUUUGAAAUGUUUUUUCUUUUUAAUCUGGGGAAAUAAUAGUUUUUUUCUUGCUAUUAUUUCAAAACACAGACAUAGGCUGAGUCACACAAAAUCUAGCUCACUUUGGGCUCCAAAGCAAGGUCAGUGUGGAAUGAGGGAAUGAACAAUGACGGGAAUAUAUAAAAAGUAACAGAGUCAUUUAUGAGUGAUUUUUCAUCACUAUCACAUUUCUCUCAUGUGCAUGAUGUGUUUUUCUACAAAGGUCGAUGCUUUUAUAUAACUUUGUCUGUGUUUUACACAAAUGUAUCAAGUGGAUAUUAUUUUUUGAAUACAACUGU